AUGGCAAACACAAGUUCAGCUUCUUCUUCUUCUUCACGUGAUUUGAAUAGGACAGCCGGUCCUCUAUGUCGCUGUUCGAAGCCGAUGGCACUCACCCUAUCUUUAACAGACAAAAACCCAGGAAGAUGUUUCCAUCGAUGUGUGAUUCAUGGUCUCGACUGUUGGGAGGAUACAGAAGAACAAACUGAAUGGCAGAAGGAAAGUUUGUUUGAAGCUAAAGAUUAG